CCUAUAAAAUAAGACUCAAUCUCAACGCUUGAUUAAAUUUAUAUGGACGGUUAGAUUUUGAUUUGAAAAAUCUGAAUGGCAUAAAUCGAGAUUUAUUAGAAGGUUAAAGAUGUAAUUACAAUUUCCUUAAUUAAUAUCUUUCCACAAUAUAGGGGACCAUGUUUCCAUAUCAUAAUUCAUCCAUAUUUUCUCCAUAUAUUCAUUAAUCCAUAAUUUUCGCACAUAUGCUAUCAGAUUCUAAAACCGAGAUGUCUGCCAACGGAAACAGAAAAUCGAGGGUUUUCACACACUUCGCGAUAUCAGUUCUUAUCGACAAUCCAGGCGUUCAAAAUGGUGACCACUUAUAUAUACCAGUUUGUGAUGAAUAUGUGAAGCCGUUUGUUAGUCAAGUCUUCAAGUCUGAAGAAAAUGCAUUUCAGUUUUAUAAGAAAUACGAAUAUUCGUCUGGAUUCGAUGUUCGUAGAGGGUCCUCUAAGAAGGGGAAAUAUGGUCAAAUUAUAUAUCGCCACCUCGUGUGUGCCAGAGAAGGGAUUAAUCUCGGCACACAUGAUGAGAUGUCUGACGCACAGCCGAAGAAAAAAAAGAGAUGUUGGAAGCCAUCUACAAGGAACACAUUUGUUUUAGUUGGAGUAUGAACUUGAAUACAUUUGCAGCUACACUUAGAUCUUCAUGAUCCUUGCAUACUUACUCAAUUCACGAAUUUUUUCACUGUUUUAUAUGAAUAUUUUACUUAUACGAUAUGAAUAUUUCCUGCUUUUAAGCUCAUGAUAUCAGUUCAUGAA